GUAUGCUGUCGUUGCAGAGCACUAGUCCCCAGAAUCAGCGAAAUAUAUAGGAAAAAGCCGAAACAUGUCAAUAAUAUUUAAACGCAGCAUUCGCACACCCUGGCUUCUAAAGCAAGUCUGUUAUAGUUCCAGCGCUCAGCCGGGCGAUGCCACUGCCAAAACAAUUCCAAAGAACUUGCUCGAAGACAAACAAACGGCUGUAUUGCAGAAGGAGAAUGGAGUCACCUUCGAUAAGCGGCCGUUCAAGAUACACCUAGACAAGGACAAAACAUACUCUUGGUGCCUAUGUGGAAAGUCCAAAUCGCAGCCAAUAUGCGACGGCACGCACAAGAAUGAGUUUCUUAAAAUAAAACUGAGGCCAAUACGCUUUAAGGUGGAGAAGACUGGAGACUAUUGGCUCUGUAACUGUAAGCAGACCUCCCACCGUCCCUUCUGUGACGGCACUCACAAGCAGCCGGACAUUCAGGCAGCCGUUAAAUAGUUUUGCGUGUGUGUGCUUGGUGUGCCUAAUAUUUUUAAUUGAGAAAAUGCAUUAUUUGAAUCAAGCAACAUAUGGAUUUUAUUCUAGAUAAUAGAACAUUAUUUAUACACGCGAUUAAUAAAUGCCUUUCAAUGGUGUACGAACACUA